UACACCGUGUGCAAAAUAUUACGUAUAGGUUUGAAAAAACGCGCAUAUAUUAAGGAUUAGCCAUGUUAGCAAAACAUUAACUACAGAUAAUAAAGGUGUAACACGUUUGUAACUGUUCAUGUUACAAAUCGAUGUGUUACAUGUUCAGUUGUAACUUGUAUCCACUGGUGUUUUCCGAGUAGAAUGAACUGAAGUCAUCACGCACAUGCGCAGUAGCAAACCGGAAGUUCUUUAAUGCUCUUAAAGCGGCACGGAGGACACAUUUCAGCAGAAAUGAUCGCUAAAGUGGUCGGUACAAAAUAUGUGUCCAUUGCCAAAACAUGGAUCCCCACUCUGGCCGUAUGGGGUUCAGUGGGAGGCGUAGCUCUGGUCCACUUCACAGACUGGAGAAUGAUUCUGGAUUAUGUUCCCUACAUUAGCGGCAAAUUCAAUAAUGACAAGUAGUGGAUAUCAGGUUGGUGUCGGUGUUACACAGAGACAUGAAUGCUUCUGCUUGGCGUCGUGUGUCCUGCAGGCCACUGGAGGGUGUCAUCUUCACCAUCAACAUCCAUGGAAAUGCACUGGACUUGUCAUUUCAAUGGUCGUCAACCAACAAAAAACAUGUAUAGAAGAAAUAUGAGAACACCGAUGACAAAUGGACUUUUUUUUUUUCCACUUCAUUUGGGGGUCAGGUAUUCAUUUUAUUCAUCAGUCUUCUGUGCGUCAAACCUGAUUCUUAAUUGAAAAACUCUGUUAUUGUUUUGAAGUAAAGUAUAUGAGAUGUAUCCUA